AUGAAGGGCACCCAUUCUGCUGGCGGCAACAGCAAAGGCAUGGCGUGCAGGGCACCGCCGCUGCCUCCCAGCGGCCCUCCCUUCUGGGACUAUGCUCACCCUGCUUUGCCUCCAGAAUACAUGGUCAACCCAGAAUACCUGGAGAGAGAACCUCCGAAAGUGUACCCUGGGUGUUCUGGGGUAUAUCCUUACCAUCCAUUUCCCAUGGGAUUUGCCAUCAAUCAGUCAAGCUGUAGGGGAGCACCAUCACCUCCAGGGAUGUCACUUCAGAGAGGUUUCCGACACAUUCCUGGCAACUAUGGGCGAGGGAAUGCAGCUUCUGUCUCCAUUCCAGAUGGAGGUGGAGAUUUCCAUCAAGGAUACUACACUCCUCUGCCUCAGUUCAUCGCACCAAGUUUUCUGCCAGGGAUUCAUUACAUUCCACCUCCCCUUUCACUGAACAUGUUGGCUGAAACAACCAAGGAAGCACAUGCUACUGAAGGUGACAGUCAGGAUUCAGGGGUGGCUCAUGAACCUGGCCAACCAUCUUCUUCCCCAGAAGAAACAAGCAGAGACCAGUCUGUAUAUUCUAAACAGUAAAUGGGCUGGAGAAGAGCUGAGUAGCAGGCAGUGCUAUUUUCAUUAUUGAGGAGAGUGUUAGUUAAUACAAAGGUAGAGUGACACUUAGUCACUGAGCAGCCACAACAGCUAGAAGAA